AUGCUUCGGACUCUUCAAAGGGCUUUAACAGCCCAAACUCGUAAAGCUGCCACCGCUAGCAAGACAGAAAUUACUCCACUGCCGAAGAUUGAACUCACUAGCGAAUUGUUUGAUGAUGUUCAAAAUCGUGUGCGACAGCAUGGCCGGACAAUUGAAAAGAUUCUUAUUACAUUCCAAUGCAAAGAUGGAACGACGAAGGAAUUUUUGAUGAAUAAGAAUCUUUCCACCCCUUACGACUGUACUAAACACGUCAAUAUGCUACUGGCAAAAAGAUCGGUUCUCGCAAUCGUUACUUAUCCCAAUAAAGGCACUGAAAUAGAGAGCAUGAAUGAACCUUUUCGUGAUGAAUGUCAGUUCGAGUUGGCUGACUUUCAGACAGAGCAGUACGCUCAAGUCGUGAACCAGACAUACUGGCGUUCCUGUAGCAUUUUACUGGCAGCUGGCUUGAAAAAAGGAUUGAAAGACAACAUUGUGAUCUCCAAGCUACAUGCGGAAAGUGUGUCAUUUUAUAUUGUAUAUAAUUAA